AUGUCGUGGUUGGUUCCUGCACUACAGGUGGACCUGUGGCAGCCCAGCAGCCCCUUCCACAUUGUCGAAGGUACGGUCACCGAUGUGCGAGUACCACAGAACACGUCCCGAAGGCUGCUGCCCUACCUCCAGCAAGCAAACAUCCAGUACACGAUUCUCAUAUCAGACCUGCAGAAAGCAGUAGAAAACCAAACUGGACAGAGGUCAUAUAGGAAUCGAAGGUCCCUCUCUGAGUAUAACUAUGAAGUGUAUCACUCCCUAGAAGAAAUCCAGGAUUGGAUGUAUGAUCUGAAUAAAACUCAUUCAGAUCUUGUUCACAUGUUCUCUGUUGGAAAAUCCUAUGAAGGGAGGCCACUGUUUGUACUCAAGUUAGGUAAAAGAUCACGGCCCUACAAGAAGGCUGUCUGGAUGGACUGUGGGAUUCAUGCAAGAGAGUGGAUUGGCCCUGCCUUCUGUCAGUGGUUCGUGAAAGAAGCUCUUCAGACAUACCAGACCGAUCCUGCCAUGAGAAAGAUGCUAACUCAUCUGUAUUUCUAUAUCAUGCCAGUGUUUAAUGUGGAUGGAUAUCAUUUUAGCUGGACAAAUGAUCGAUUUUGGAGAAAAACAAGGUCAAAGAACACAAGGUUUCGGUGUCAUGGUGUUGAUGCUAAUCGAAACUGGAAAGUGAAAUGGUGUGAUGAAGGUGCUUCAUUCCACCCAUGCGAUGACACCUACUGUGGUCCCUUUCCUGAGUCUGAGCCUGAAGUAAAGGCUGUUGCUCAUUUUCUCCGCAAACAUCGGAAACAAAUAAAAGCCUAUUUGUCGUUCCAUGCGUAUGCACAGAUGCUGCUGUACCCUUACUCUUACAAAUAUGCAACUAUUCCAAACUUCAGCUGUGUGGAAUCAGCAGCCUAUAAUGCUGUUAAUGCUCUUCAGUCAGCCUAUGGUAUAAGAUACAGAUAUGGUCCUGCAUCUAGCACUUUGUACGUGAGUUCUGGCAGCUCUAUGGACUGGGCCUACAAAAAUGGCAUCCCCUACGCGUUCGCAUUCGAGCUGCGCGACACUGGCCAGUUUGGAUUUUUACUUCCUGAAACACUGAUCAAACCAACCUGCACAGAGACCAUGCUCGCAGUUAAAAACAUAACUCUUCAUCUGCUGAAGAAAUGUCAUUGAGAGCUAUUUCUAGGUGCUGGAAGUGAGCGUUUUACUCCCAGUGCUGAUGCCUUUCAUUGUGUUCGGUUGCCAUUCUAAGCUUGGCCACUUUGAAAUUGUAGAAGCUAAUGGGAAACAUGGUAUUGUUUGUACCAAGUUUACAUGGUGGGAAAUGAAAAAAAAUCCAUAAAGUUGAUAUAAUAAUUUACUUA